GACCAGCUGAGCAUGCGUCUUUGGCAUUGGCAUCCGGGCGUCAGCCCCUGGCACGGUGGUGCGCUAGAGUCACCAUUGUGCUGGGCUUGGCAUUGAGAGGCACUAGAGGCGCUUCUAGGAUAGCUUUUCAGCAUGGGAGGGUACUCUGGCUCUCGAAAUAGCGGCUAAGAUUGCAUGAAAGCGCGCCUCUCUGUGUUGGUUGUCAGUACCGAUUACCAGGCCGCUCAAUGACGUAGGUUGUCUGAUUCACAAUCUACACGGCCUAGCGAGAUUAAAGCAGAGAAAUGGCGACUUUGCUGAUUACCCCAGUGGUUUCUGAGCGGUCUGCCUCAGACGAUGAGCUGAGCUUGGAGGCGCGGGUAAAGCUCCUGGAUGCGGAGAACGCGCGCCUGAAGAAGGAGCUGGAGCUCGUGCGCAAGUCCCUGGUCGCCCGCAACGUCCAGGAGGCCCUCCAUGCGGCCGGGCUGUCUGCAACCCAGCUUCCUCUCGACGGUCUAUCCUUCUCUCUGGACUCUAACGAUGAGUUGACAGGGGACAACGAGCAACCCGGGGCUGAGAUAUCGUCGGCAAUGACAGGCACCUCGGUCACGUAUGUGGCAUCCCCUGAAAUGAUUGCUGCCACGGCGUCCGCGGCUGCACUCGCCGCCCGAGCCUCGGUCGCGGCGGCCCUAAACGGAGGGCGAGGGGGCAAGGCCAAGAAGAAGGCAGCUGCGGCGGAGGUGGAUCUCUCCCAUUACCCGCGCCGCUUUGUCGCACUGCGGAUCAUGUACAUGGGGGCUCGCUACCAUGGCUUUGCGUCGCAGCCGGGCAACGUUCUGGACAUGACUAUCGAGUCAAAGCUCUUUGCCGCCCUGGAGAAGACGAGGCUGCUGCCGCCAGGGGGGCGUACACAAGCUCAAUACUCCAGGUGUGGCCGCACCGACAAAGGCGUGAGUGCCCUGGGCCAGGUGGUGGCCCUUUGGCUGCGCUCCUGCCGGCGGCCACCUGCCGCCCCCGCUGUGGAACCCCCCUUGUCCACCAGCUGUCCGCCCGAAGACCCCCACUCAGCCACUCCGGCAGAGCCCCAGAGGCGUUGUGCGGGCGGAGAUUCAGCGGAAGCCUUGAGGGAGAGCAUUGCAGAAGCUGUGCCCCAUGCUGAGAGGGGUGCUCCGGAAAUGCCGCCUGGGUUGCCCCCUCGCAAGUGGGACGUGACUGCGUCCGUGUUGGUGCAUCCGGAGUUGUCCCGCUCUGUGAUCGAGAUUGAGGGGAACCGAGGCGAGGUAGAGCUGUCGGAUUGGAGCCCAGCGGGCCUCAAGUCGGCGCACAGCCCCCACUCUGAUCUGGGCGGACAUGUAGCGGAAGAGAGGGGCAGCGGCGAAGCCACUGAUUGGGUGCUGCUCGAGACAGAGCCCGAUGAAGACGUGGGGCAGGAGUUCCCCAUCAGCCGCGAGCGUGCGGAUGACGGGGAGUGGUCGGAUGGCGACGAUGAGGAGAUUGACUACGUGGCAGCACUGAACCGCGCACUCCCAGAGGACAUCCGGGUUACGGGAUGGUCGCCCGUGCGGCCCGACUUUGACGCGCGCUUCAGCUGCAAGUUCCGCGAGUACAAGUACUUUUUCGUACGGGGACAACUCGACAUCGAGGCGAUGGAGAAGGCUGCCGCCCGCUUCGUUGGCACGUAUGAUUUUCGCAACCUUUGCCGCAUGGACACCAGGAACGUCAAAUCCUUCGAAAGGACCAUCAUGGACUGCCGCAUCGAGCGCGCCUCGUCAUCUGAAGGGUGGGCGGGGUGCGAGCUGUACUACAUGCGCGUGCGCGGGCGGGCCUUCCUGUGGCACCAGGUGCGGUGCAUGGCGGCCAUCCUGUUCAUGGUGGGUCACGGCCAAGAGAGCCCCCAGAUUGUGAGUGAGUUGCUGGACCUGCGGGUGUUCCCACGCAAGCCGCAGUACCAGAUGGCCUCCGAGCUGCCGCUCUUGCUGCACACCUGCGGCUUCGAGGACCUCGACUUCCGGGCCACGCCAGAGUCUGCGCGCCAGGUGGGCCUGCACCUGGAGCGGCUGCUCCACGGCACGCUGUUCCCUGCGGGCAUCCUGCGCGAGGCCCUGCUCGAGCUUGCCCCUGCAGCAGCGGGCCAGGCCAAGCCCGCACCCCGGGGACACUCGCACGUGCCGCUCAAGCUCAGGGGUGCCGAGCCAACACACGAAGAACGGCUUCAGAAGCUCGGCAUGCUGUAGAUACGGUCGGUAUGUGUCGAAGGGGCUCCCGUGAAGUUUCACAUAGCGCUUUGAUUAUGAUUUGGCAGGUAAGUGGUCCGGUUGAAAGCAUAAAUUGUUGACUUUGUUGGUUUCAGUGUCGAAGUCCAGCAUUGAUGUUGAACCCGCGAAACGGUGUUCAAAGAUUGCAUUUCGACAGGAGCAACACUCCUUCGAAAUGAAAUCAUUCGGGAAGGUGCAUUCGACAAUUUGUACAGGGCAACAUUUUGCAACGCUGGCCAUUUUAUGAAUUGAACGCAACGGGUAGGUGGCCGACCCAUUCAUUGUAUCAGGCCAUGCCCGGCACCGU